AGCUGGUAAGGUUCCAUAAUAAGGGCCCAUAAAUUACUAUAAAGAGCAUGGACAGUUAAGGUAUCCACUCACUUCUGCUAGACUUCUCUUCCCUGCAAAGUCUGGUAAGAGAUACAGUGAGAGUCAAGAACAAUAAAAAGAAUUGUCUGGAAAAAGAGGAAGGAAUAAUAAAGCAGUCACUAAAUUAGACUAGAGUCACCUCCACACUUUUAUCUUUGUUUUUUUUUUUUUUUUGGUUGAGGCCAGCUUUUUAUUUUGGUUUUUUUAACUAAAUUAUGAAAGUUUGAGCUUCUUGGUUUACAUGGUUGGUUUUGUGUUACUGGCUGAGGGAGAAGUGAGUGUUUAUAUAGUUAGGUAGAAAGAAUAUAGAGAAUAUGUCUGUGAAGAACAGGGAGCAAAAUUCUAGAAGUAGCAGUGUUAUUUCUCAGAGAUGGACUCUAUUGCUUUGCCUUGGCAGCUUCUGUGCUGGUUUGUUCUUCACCAAUAGAAUGUGGACGGCCCCUGAAUUUAAAGGUCUCACUCGAAUUACUGCAGUGGAAGCUGAAAGCCUAAAGUUAGUUUCAGAAGGUUGCAAUCCAAAAUCAUUGCAGGAGAAAGAUGUGAAGCGUGAAACCGAAGAUAUCUUAGAGGAGGUUUCUAAAAGUGAUAAUGCUAUAAAGAAACUGGAUAAGACUAUAUCAAAUUUGGAAAUGGAGCUAGCUGCGGCUAAAGCAGCGCAUGAGUCUAUUCGUAGUGGUUCUCCUCUAUCAGAAGAUUUAAAUAUUACCGGUCAGUCAUCUGGUAGAAGAAAAUAUCUUAUGGUGAUAGGAAUCAAUACUGCUUUUAGCAGCCGGAAAAGAAGAGAUUCAAUUCGUGCCACGUGGAUGCCACAAGGUGAAAAAAGAAAAAAGUUGGAGGAAGAGAAAGGAAUUAUCAUUCGUUUUGUUAUUGGCCAUAGUGCUACAGUGGGGGGUAUACUAGACAGAGCCAUUGAAGCAGAGGGCAGAAAGCAUGGAGAUAUAUUAAGACUGGAUCAUGUUGAGGGGUACCUUGAAUUGUCAGCUAAGACAAAGAAAUAUUUUGCUACAGCUGUUUCUAAAUGGGAUGCAGAAUUCUUUAUCAAGGUUGAUGAUGAUGUCCAUGUAAAUAUAGCAACACUAGGAAAAACUUUAGUUAGACAUCGCAAAAAGCCCCGAAUAUACAUUGGAUGCAUGAAGUCUGGUCCAGUCCUUGCUCAGAAAGGAGUGAGAUACCAUGAGCCUGAAUACUGGAAAUUUGGGGAAGCAGGAAACAAGUAUUUCCGACAUGCCACAGGACAGUUAUAUGCAGUUUCCAAAGAUUUGGCUACUUAUAUUGCAGUAAAUCAGCAUGUGCUACACAAGUACGCCAAUGAAGAUGUCUCUCUUGGAGCAUGGUUCAUUGGCCUCGAUGUGGAGCACAUUGAUGAUCGUAGACUUUGUUGUGGCACUCCACCUGACUGUGAGUGGAAGGCGCAGGCAGGAAAUGUGUGUGUCGCUUCAUUUGACUGGACAUGCGCUGGUAUAUGUCGUUCAGUUGAUAGGAUUAAGGAUGUUCAUAGACGGUGUGGUGAAGGUGAGAAUGCUGUAUGGAAAGCAGCAUUUUGAGAAAGAACCACAGCUUGAAGCUCUUGCUACGGUCCUAAGGAUGAUAAGGCAAUGCUACUUGCGCUAUCAAUUACACUGAACUUGUAAAGAUUAAUGUGGUAUACACGGAGAGGGAGGGAGAGAAAAAGAGGCAGAGCGCCCUUGCUACGCUAAUCGACUGAAAGGCAGUUAGAAAUGCAAGCAAGUGGUGGCCACCAUAAUUUUUUUGGCUACUUGGAGGACCAUAAUGUAAGCUACAUUCAAUGGUCUCUGAGCUCAUAAUAAAUAUUUUUGUUUCUUUGCUUCUUCCAUCUAUGUUGGGGAUUUAUCAAUAUUUGAAAUUAAUGCUGUUAAAAAACAAGCAACUUCCGUUGCUUGUUCAUGUUAGUUGAGUAA